AAAAGAGGUCACUUAGAAGUGUGUCCAUUUGGAGCUGUACAAAGAUCUGAAUAUCUCAUUCUACAGUUUGUUUGUUUGGAAAUGGAAGAGAACAAAGCAAGCAUAGCGAAUCGGCUACAGGCGGUGAAGCACAAGUCCGGCAAGUCGUACAGUGAAUUAGCUGCAGAGACUGGGCUCACCAACGUGUACGUGGCCCAGCUCCUCAAACGACAAGCACAGCUCAAGCCUGACACUGCCCCUAAACUCCGGGCAGCGCUGCCCGACCUGCCCGAAGACCUCAUCCAAGAGAUGAUGAAGCCACCCAUGCGCUCUUACGAUCCCAACUUGAUCCAAGAGCCCACUGUCUACAGGUUGAAUGAAGCGAUUAUGCAUUUUGGUGAGAGCAUCAAGGAGAUUAUCAAUGAGGAGUUUGGUGAUGGCAUCAUGUCAGCUAUAGAUUUCUAUUGCUCGGUGGACAAGGUUAAAGGUGUGGAUGGGAAGGAUCGUGCAGUUGUGAUGCUUGAUGGGAAAUUUUUACCUUACACUGAGCAGAAAUCAGAACACAUGGUUUCAAGGCUGAGAUUACAGUGAAAUAAAUGAAUAUCCUCACGCUGACUGCUGAGGUGGUUAUCUCAUAUUUCUUUUCUCCGUCACCUUGUAUCAAUAAAUGCCCAAAAACUCUGUAUGGUUGUGAACUUGUAAGUGCCCUAAGCUUUGUUGAAUAAAAUGACUGCUCAAGUCUUUGUAUCCGUAUUGCUAUUUUUCUCUGAAGAACAAUUAAAUGUGUUGCUUUAUAUAAAGGCAGCCAUCAAUGGCCAUCUAGAAUUUGCUUGCUCCCA